AUGCUGACACCAAGCUGCCCCAAUGUCACCCGCACGUUCUACCCGUUCGGCGACACCCCCGCUGUGUGUCUGACGGAGAACAUCCCGCCGGACAAAAUGGGCGAAGGGAAGCCGGUAGACAUCCUGCUUCUCGGGUCGGGCGACAUACGAAAUGUGUUCUUCACAACGCACAUGGACAAAACCCGCCAGUUGGAUAUCACUUGUUGCGAUGUCGAUCGAUUGGUGAUUGCGCGCAACAUCCUCCUGCUCACCCUGCUUAUCGACCCUGACUUCAACAUCAACCCCUCCUCUUCUUACGCACCCGGCUUACCUCACCCGCCGCCCACGUCUGAUGAUCUCUUUGCCAUUUACUACCACCAGCACCUUCCCGAGAACCUCGGCUGGCUCAUUCGCUCGCAAGCCAUGAGGCUGCGCCUUAUCGGCUCAACAAUGUCAACGUGGAACGCAAGUCCCUACGGUCGUGGUCAGGAAUUUCAACCCUAUCCUUCUAUGUCAAAGAGCAAAAAGAAGAAAGGAAAGGGAAAACAGAACGCCAAAGACCCCAUCGGAGAUGCCCACAACUCAAGCAACCCCACAAGCGGCAUCCGCUUCACGGACUCGGGCACUUUAAAGAUGCUCACCCAAAUCUGGGACGCCUGGUUCUGUCGACCCGACUCCGCUCAGCAGGAGGCUCUAUCAGAUGGCCUUUUCAAGCGUCUCGGCACCGCUGUGCUCAAAAGGGAGCAAGAAGAGGUGGGAGUCCCUUACGCCGCUACGAGAGCGGCUGCAUGCUCGUUCAAAGCUGCGAUGCCGGUAGGCUUGGAGGCGACUUUCCACGCGACAGUGGCAAACGAGGAUUUCUGGCGGUGGGGAGCAACGGGUUCAGAGGAGAGAUAUGACGAAGAUGAGGAUACAGACGAAAGCACGGAUACCGAUUCUGAGUUGGAGGACAACAUGAAAAAGCAGAAGAAGGCAGACAAGGGAAAGGGGAAGGAAAAGGAGAGGGUGCCUUCGAAUGAAUCCAGAAAACAGGCUCAGGAGAGACGGAAGAAGACGACAAAGAGAAGCACCGACACGCUCCAACGCCGAGUGAUCAACCCUCUCUUCACCACCCCCUCCCCCGGCGUCCGCAUCGAUCAUUCUUGCGACCCUCUCCAAGGCUUCCAUCUCGCACCUGCCUACCUCCCCAUUGUCGGCCAGCCACCUCCAGACGAAGGAUUAUCCCAACUGGAACGCCUCGAGGCGGUCGCCAAACAAGAAUUUGCCGACUGGUGCAACUCUUUUCGCCGUGCGUGGCACAAAGGCCGCAUCACCCUCCGUUUCUUCAUCGGCGAUGCGCUCGCUUUUGCGCAUACCCUUCAGCACCACAAGGCGGAAGACCUUGGGUAUCCCAUGGACACGACUUUUGGCAACUGGUAUCGCUUCCGGGAUUCAUUCGAUCCUCUGAUCCUCGACAGCGAUGAUUACCGCAUAGUGCCGAGUGAGUCGAACAGGUCUCCAGCGCCUAUAUCCUUUCACGUCAUUGAUACUUCAUCUCUGGCCGACGAUCUCGGAGCACUUAACGUGCUCAUCGCCGCCUCUCCCCUCCUUGAAAAUCGACUGGCAGCAACACUGUACACCGAGCACACACUUCCCCUGCCUCGGCCUUCCGACAGCAACGAUGCGAGGCUGGGACCAAAGACACCCCAAGAGGUAGCAGACACUCUCCUCCAUGGCGACCUCCUCACAAUGUCCCUCCUCCUUGGUCUGUCGCCAGUAGAAUACUACACAAACACUUAUCCCUCUCCUCCGCCACCUACUUUCUCUUCCCCUUAUUCCACCUCUGCCCCAGCACCACCCUCUCUCGGAACGCCGAGUCCUCCUCCUCCUCCCGCUUUUGGUGCCUCCCCGGCGCCCUCCUCAACCCCAACCACCACUCCAGCCACCGCUGCACAGUACUUCAACCAGCGCCUAACCUGGAAGCGGCCCGUCUACCACCACCCCACCGACGGCAGCGGCAGGGACUGGACCAUCAGCGACAAGAACAACAUCUGGCCUGGCCCCAGUCCCGUCCUGCGUGAGGUGAUGGAAGAGUUUGCAAGGGAUUUCGAGGAAUUCGAGAAAACGACAAGGGAGCUUUCUGAACAUUUGAAGGCUCUGAAGGCAGAAGAGUGCGAAAAAGAAGAAGAGGAGGAGGAGGACAAAGAGGUGGAACAGGGAAAAGGAAAAGGAAAAGGCAAGGCGAAGAAGAAAAAGAAACCUCAGAAGAAGAAGACCACCGCCAAGGCAGAUAUCCCGGAACAUGUACGCAACAUCCCCCCGGAAAUACGUGAGGAGAUGCUUGAUUCCAGGGCGUUUCAGCAAGCGGCAUUCGUGCUAAGGGACCUCGAGCUCCGGCGUGAAUUCCGCAACCAGAAGGAGAGGUGGGAAAACAUGCGGACGGAGAUGCCACUGCGCAAGAUCCGGUUUCAAGCUGAUGAGCUUGUGGAGUUUCUGCUGCAAGUUUACUCGAGGAUGUAUGAGUCGAGGUACUUGUUUGAGAGAAAAACCGAUGGCGAUGGCGAUGGCCCAGGUGACCCAGGUGUUGAAGGAAGUACUCACAGGCAUGGAGUGGGCUUCAGGUUGCUAAGUCCAAGGACAUGCAAUCGGGCGACUUUUGCGUCGCUUCUGAAGAUUGUUCAGGAGCGAGUGGUCAUCCUCGGCGAUCCACUGCCAACCACUGAUCCGUCUGAGGAUGAGUCCAUCGGGCAGAUGGAUUUCACGGAAUUUCUGGACGAAAUGAGAAAGACGUCUUCUGAGCCCGACAGAGAUUCGGUUAAUGGAGAGAUUAGUGAGAUCCUCGCCUCGACCAUAGAAGCCUGUCGUUCUUCUCCCGAUCCAUCCACUUCCACCAACUCGGCGGCAGUAACCGCAGACGGCGACGACGGCCAUCGCGACAGUGCCACAACUUCCAACUCCUCCGACCGCGACGCCAACGUCAAUCCCGAACGAUCAGACCCAUACGAGCCUUCCUCGUCCCCGGUUCCCAACCUCGUUCCCUGCUCUCGCUUCUCGGACUCAUCUGAGAGCGACUCAGAGUCAUCUUCCGCAUCCACUAUCAUCACCCCCUCAGCCGCCACGUUCUCCCCGUUCUUCUCAGCAUUGCCUUCGCGCCCGACCAUUGCCUGGCACCAUACGAUGGAGGUGAUGAUUGAAUCCCUCAAGCACUCCCUCGUCAACUAUGUCGAAACCCAAGGAUCCUUCGACCAAGAGCUCUGCACCAUCCUCCACCAUUUCGGUGCCUACUCCUCGCCUGAGCACGCCAUACCCGACCCCGACGCCCUUCUCAAACCGAGAGUGUACAACCCCGCCCACGAGGCAAUUCAUAGUGCCAGCAAGCACAACACAAGUCUCUACCAGUGGAUCAACAUUCCGAGCUCCCUCGCAGUUACUGUGCGGAUCCCCCGACACUCACUCCUCACUUUGAAAACCAUCAUGUUGAGUUUGGAGACAGGUUUGAACAUCUUGAGACCUGAAAUAGCUGGCGGAGGAAGGGGCAGGGGAAAGAUACCUGCACGAUACGUCCCGGCUUUGCAGGCUUGCAUCCGCCCUACGCAUGACCACGAAGAUAAACCUGUCGCCAACCUGCCUGGCCACUUGUUUGCUUCUCUGCAGACGGGGUUUGGCCAGCUCGAGACCAAAGGACGGCGUUUCACUCCUCGAUUUAGGCUCAACAUCGAGACAGAUCCCCUUGGGUGGGAAGGACAGAGCGACCUCUUCGUCAGCUUCAUGGUUCCUACCAGCAUCUUGUUGAUGGACGCAGUGACGGGGUUGGUCACCCUUGAAGUUGUGCCUACGAUUGGUCCCGAUGUUGCGGGGCGGAACGAACUUUCAUUCAUGGCAUCAGGAACUCUGAAGAUGAACCUAAAAGAGCCCGUGCCUCCCGCGGUCAAGACGAUGAUGACGGCCAAGCUGGACGAGAACCACCAACGCAUCAGUUCGAUCAGCACGCGAAUUACCUUCCUCACCGACCGUCUCCUGGAUAGACUGGAAAACAGGGAAUGCAAAAUCCGCUCCGUGCCGGUCACCCCUUGCUCUUAUCACCUCAUCAUCUCCAGAGACCCCACCGCUUCAUUCUUCUCCCACGGUUCCAACAACUCCCACUUGUGUCCUGUGAUAUUUCUCAUCGACAUUCCGCUCCCCACCAACCAUGAGAAGCAAAAAAUCCGCGCUGGCCGGUCCAAAGGCUUCAUCGACGUCGAAACUCCGAUCGAACCCUUCGCUUGGAGGACGUUCUUCACCCCAUCCUUCAUGCACCCCGUCCAUUUGGAGCAAAGCACUCAGAAACCCAUGAACUGGUCACUCCCAUAUCUGCAUUCCUCCAAUCCAUCUUCUCUAUCAUCCCCCUCGUCGUCUUCCGGUAAUCCUCUCGACACCCUUCCCCGCCUCUGCCAAAGUGGCCCUCUCAUCGGCUGCCUCCCGGACCCUUCCUUCCACAGCACUAACCGCUUCUGCCUCUGGUGGUUGCAGUUACAAAACCACCACUACCAGUUCUCCAGGCGCGAAGCCACAAUGCAUUCGCAUUUCUCUCAGAUCGCUGAUCCACUCCCGAAAAACGCUUCUCCCGAGGAAAAGGAGAAGCAGCUCAAGGAAAAAGACGAACAGUUUGCUAACGCUCUAAAUCGGUAUCUCAUAACAUCCGGCGAGCAUGCCAGGUUCGAGUUCAAAAUCACCUUGUCCACGCUGUUUGACAUGGCGGCCGGGAUCCUGAGGCCGAAGUCAGACUGGAGGCACAUAAAUCCGAAUAUCAUGUUGACGCCGGAUACUCAAUGUAGGAGCGUGUUUGCACUGUGCGACUUUGCUCCCAGCCAGAAGUCGCCGGAUUGCACUUGCCAUGAAAACUGUCUUGACUGCGGCAAGGAAAUGGGCAGCGGCACCGGCAGUAGUGUCAGUUGGAGCGAGGGUGCUGCCACUGGUAAUCAACCUGAACAUUCUAGACAUGGGAUGAGACGGAUCGUCAUCUUUAUUGCGAAAGACGGCAUCUGUCUGGACUUGGCUCAUGGAACGGUGAUACUGGAUACCGCUGUGCUGGUGAUCACCAAAGAGUUGCGCCAGAGCUUGCCCAGAUACUUGACAGACGGGAGCAUCGGCGACCCGAUGCCUAUUUAUAAUCAAUCCGUCAUGUCCCAGUCCAUGAGAACUUGGAAAGAGGCUCUGCCUGCUUUUGCUGAGCGGUGUCGCGGCCAUACAUGGGAGCAUGGACCAACUUGUGAGUACAAGAAGAAGCAGAGGGCACCGGUGGCGAACCAUGUACAGUCCCGGAAGGAUGACCCGGUGUUUUGCUCGUGUAGCAUGGGUAGACUGCCCAAGAGUUGGUCAGUGAGUGAAGACUAUCCAAUUCCACAAUGGGAGGAGAUCGGGCCGUAUCUUGUUAGAGCGGCCAUCAGUCUUCCGUUUGGAUGUCCAGGGCUUGGAGAACCGUAUCAGCACCCGAUGAGCUGGGAUCCUCUGCUCUACCCCCAUACUGGUCCAGUUACAGGUGUGACUCCUGGCGCUCCGGGUGCAGUUACAACUUCAGCAGCAGCAGCUCCGGGCAGAGCUCCCGUUUCGACUUCGACUCCGGCUCCGGCUACAACCGGCAUCAGCCAGCUCCCAUCUGCAAACAAGAUCCAAGCCAACCCCACAAGGUCAGCUCCGGCCUCAGUUCCGACUCGAGCGAUAGCCCCAACUGGCACUCGCUCGACCUUGUCCGCCAAAGCACUCGAAAUACGACCUCCGAAACCAGCCUCGACUUCAACUCCGGUUGCGGCUUCGACUGGCACUGGCUUGACUCAGGCCCAGGCCCAAGUUCUGGUGGCUAAAGCCGCUCGUUUGGCUCUGAAUCCGAAGCGGCCUUCAACCUCGGGUCAAUCUUCAGUUCAAGCCCCGUCUCCUGCUAGCACCAAGUCGGCUUCAGCUAAUGCCAAAUCCACACCCACCACGGCAACCACAAAGCCCACGGUGAGAUACAGGUGCAACUUUUGCAACGAGCCAAAGAACAGAGAGAAUGGAGGCGGCUUGAAUCAGUGCUCCAAGUGCAAGGAAGCACGGUAUUGUUCGAAGGAGUGCCAGGUGGCGGAUUGGAAGAGGCACAAGAAGGAAUGUGAUCUUGGUGCUGGUGCUAAUGCUGUAAAUGGCAAGCAGAAAGUGAAGGGAAAUGAGAAGCAGGAGGACAAGAAGAAUGGAAAGUAA